AUGUCGUAUGCCUUUGUAGAUAAUGUCCUCUACAGGAGAUCAUUUGAUCAGAUGUGGCUGAGAUGCCUGAGCAUAGCCGAAGCACAGGAUAUUGUUAAAGAGUUUUUCAAGAGUCAGAUUGUCUACCGCUUCGGUGUUCCGCGCAGAGUGAUUUCCGACAACGGCCUUCAACAAAACGCUCGUGCAGAUUUUGAAGAAGACGUUGGACGAGAACAAGAGAGGUUGCAUGAGAAGUUGUUAGAGGCUUUGUGGGCCUACCGGACGACGUUUAGAACUCCCACCCAGUGUACACUGUAUGCGCUUGUCUAUGGAUCCGAGGCCGUACUUCCAUUGGAGGUUCAACUACCGUCUCUUAGAAUAGCCGUCGCUAAUCAGAUUACAACAGAAGACAACGUCAAACAGUUGGAGAGUCUCCAAAGUAAACGAUUAGAAGCGCAACAGAAUCUAGAACUUUUUCAAGCGAGAAUGGCGCAGACUCACGACAAGCUGGUCCGCCCUAGGACGUUCAAAAUUGAUGAUCUCGUACUUGUUCUCAGGAGACCUAUUCUUGCACACCGCAAGAUAGGCGAGAAGUUUGAACCAACUUGGGAGGGUCCAUUUGUCGUGGAAAAG